AUGGAGCCCUCAACGCCCUCCUGUCCGCCCAAGGACAUCGAAACGGCCUACACCAGGCCACUGGAGCCGGAGUCACCGGCCAAUUUUGUCGCUGGAAAGGCUGGCAAGAGGCAGAGGAAGACUGUCACAAUGCCUCCCCCAGUCCUUAAAGGAGCCAGCGACAGCAUCCCCACGGCCACCUCUCGGCUGCAGAAGCAGUUUGAGGAGGCUCAGCAGCAACAGAACCUGCAGCAGAAGGCUCUCAUCAGAUUGGCGAAGACUCUGGACAGCUGGGUUGAGGAGGAGAAGCAGCCAGUCAGUCAGAACUUUGCCCGAAUCUUCUGUGAGAGGUUUGUCAAGUAUGUGACAGCAGAUCUGAGUGCAGCAUCAAUUCUGAGAGGGGGUGCUGCCCCGGAUACUCAUCCGCAGCCAAAUGCAGCAAAGACAGCUGCGAGGGAGCCGACUACCUGGGCGGGUGUUGCUCAGAGGGGGAAAAACUCUGCCCUCCCUGGGGUUGCCCCUGCCAAGACUGCGGCUUCCUCGGCAGGCAGGGUUAGUGGAGCUAGCCUGCAGCCCAAAAGCGCCAGUCAGCCAGGGGGCCCCACAGGGGGCACAAAACAGCAGGAGGACCCACGAGUCCUCGUCACCCUCCAGCCAGAGAAACGGGUCGCCCGGCUACAGCCAUAUGCUGUGCGGCAGGCAAUCGCUGCAAACAUUCAGGGGGUGGGGGAUGUGGCCAAUGUGCCGAAGGUGGAGCCCACCAGGACAGGUUGGGCGAUCACACCAAGCGACAGAGGCAUACGCGACGCUCUGACCACUGAGAAGGCAGUGGCUACUCUCUGUGAAGUCCUUGGCGCCACGGAGAUCCGGCUACCAGAGCGGUGGUAUAAUUAUGCUGUCCCAGGGGUCCCAGAAUUUGUCCAGGACUGGGAAGGGGCAAGAAUCCCCACAGACAAGAUGAUUGAGGGAGAGGUUCUGGCUCAGGCAAAGGUAAAGCCAGUGAGCUGUCGACCCUCGCGUCAUGGGGUGAACCCCAAGACAGGGAAGAUUACAUGGAUUGUCUCCUUCCUUGCCCCGGUAAAAGGCUUCUCACUCUUCAAUGCCAGUGAGAGGGCCAGGCUGAUUGAGAAACGGCCUUUGACAGGAUGCUCAGGAGCGGCAACCGCCGCCAGCACAGCCAGCACCAAUGGUCGCAGUGGUGGUGCCUACACCAACUGCUCAGUCAACCCAGUCAACGCAGCCCGCUGGGCUAGCACCCCGCAAGCGGGCGGCGACUCAGAGUUCCAUCAGAACAACCAGCAGGAAAAUCGCCCCCUGCAGGUCUUCUGGGCAAAUACGGCCAGGGCAGCCCCCUGUCACACAGCAGCUCUGCAGCUUGCUUUCGAGCAGGGCUGUGAAGUGGUCUGUAUACAGGAGCCAUACACACACCCUGGCACCAAGACUUCUAACCACCCAGCGUAUGAGUGCUUUGCGCCUAUCCCCUCGUCCGUAGAUCCACUGAUUGAAGAUCCCAUUUCAUACAAAAACAUCAAGAAAAUGAAAACGGCCUGUUGA